AUGGAUAUUAUUGACCUCACUAAGGCUAUUGUCUCUAGUUUCUGGACUAGGGCAAAACAUUCAAACAGAUGCGUUCAUCGUUUUAAGCCUUUGGCACCGUAUCUUCUCUUACUGGUUUCAAUCAUAGGAUGGAAGAAGUAUCGCGAUCGGAUGAGAAAGGCAAACUUAAAUUCCAGAAUGAUGGAUCUACCUGACGACGUCAUAGAGAGCAUUCUCUUGAGGCUGCCCGCCAAAUCAAUAUGUUGCAUGCAAUGUGCCUCCAAAGCCUUCUCAAACAUAAUCGACAACUCUUUGUUUGCUUCGCUGCAUAUAUCCACAGUACUUAACAAUGGUAUGAACUCUGCUACUGAAGUACCUCAAUUCAUGCUUUUUGAUCGAUCUAGGCCUAUCACCGAUGUAUAUCAUAUACAGUUGCAUCCACUAAAGUACAUUGGCAAGUCCAACUUUAAAAAACUCAACUAUGGUUUUCUUGUUUCAAAGAUUUUGUCAAUUAAUCUCUACGAUGUAGAAUUCGUUUUUCGCAACUUGUUAUUCUUUAAGUCGGAAAGCAUAUUCGGAGGUCCGUCCUACUUGCUUAAUCCUUUCAAGGGAGAAGUUUUGAUGAUCCCAAAUACAGAAACCAAUUCAGAAUAUUACACGCAUCUGUCAGAUUGGUAUGGCAUGGGAUUUGAUAGUACAACCAACACUUACAAAAUUGUUCAUGCUUACAAAGAUUCAAAGAAUCAUCAACCAGUACUGGCGGCCGAGGUCUAUGUUUUGCGACCAAGAUCAUCAUGCUUAUGGAGAGUAAUACAAUCAGUUCCCUCUUGUGAUUUGAGCAGAAAAUGUGUGUGCGCAUAUGGAGAUAUGCAUUGGUUGGUUGAGAAAGGAAGUCACAGGGACAUCGGAGGUGGAAGAAGUCAUAUAAUUUCUUUUGAUUUCAAGAAAGAGGAGUUCUGUUGGACUCCUCACCCUACCUUACCAGAGAUGUGUUAUAAUAAGCUCUCUGUUAGUGACUACUACUUUCUUAAUAUGAAAGGAUCUCUGACCAUUGUGGAUGUCUCAUCGGGAAAGUUUAUCGAGAUAUGGGUGAUGAAAGAUUAUGACAUGCAUGCCAGCAUGAGGGAAGUGAAGAAUUACCCUGUUACAAAGAAUUUCACCUUCUGUUCAUGGGCCGAGGUGAAGUAA